UGCUGUUUGUGUUUAUUUGUUUAAUUUUCAGCUAAGAUUUCAUUAUAAGUGUUUUUUUGUGAAUGAAAAUGAUAAGUCGCUUACACGUAGUGUUAGGAUCCUCUCUUAAGAUUUUUAAUGAAGAGCCGUAGAAGAAGAACCUGUUGUUCCAAGGUUCUGUUGAGACAAUACUGAAAAACCGUAAAAAAUGGAAAACAAGGAGGGCAUUAUGAACAAUUUACUGUGUAUGGCUUGUUUAAGUGUCGGUAGAAAUAUACGGGAGAUUGCCGAUGAGCAGCACAAAAAAUUCUACUUGGACGCCCUGGAAGAAAUACCUCUAAGCAACAUGAAUAUUGGACCCAGAGUUUGCUGGGAAUGCGACGCCAUGCUUCGUAAAGUGCUGUCUUUCAAAGAACAAGUCAAAGACUGCUAUAGGAUCCUGCUGACUUAUGCUGAGAGCAUACACGAUAACUCCUUACUGGCAAUAUCCAGGCCGCCGCGGUUGAAAGUACAUAAUAACGAUGUAGUUAUCAUCACACCAUGUGAAGAUGGUCUCAAUGUCAAACUUGAGGAUCAGGAGAAGCAAAUAAUAAGUUAUCAAACUGAUUGCUUGGGCAAAGGUCCAGUUGAAGACAUACAAACCGUGAUGUGUGAUGUUAAAAGAGACCGGAGGAAAAAGAAGAACACCUUAAAAACUCGUAGAAAAUCUUCCCGCUCAAAACGUAUAUUAAAAAAAAACGUCGAAUCCACGGCCGGGAAUGAGAACAGUCAAACAGACUUCAUCAAAGUGGAGGUCGACCUUGAGACUCGUGUCAAAAUUGGCGUUGACGUCAAAGCGGAGGUUGACAAUGACGAAGAUAGUUUUUCAAAUGGAGGCAGUAUAAAAUCAUUUGACUCCGACAAAGAUACUCUUGGCGACAUAGACAGUAAAAUACAAACUUUUUUGGAGGACAUAAAAAAUAAUAAAGACAAAACAACGAGAGUGAAGAAAAAAAAAAAAGACACAGACAAAGGUGCCAACGGCGAUAUAGAUAAUGAAAUUCAAACGUUUUUGGACGAUAUAAAAAAUGGCAAAGAUAAUUCUAUGAAAGUAAAGAAGAGAAAGAGUUCAGAGAAAAAGAUGUCAAAACAUGAAAACAUACUCACCGUAGAUCUCUCCUAUGAUGAGAUGCAGACAGAGAGGUCCGCGCUCGCGCGGAGAGAGAGCUAUUUGCAGGCGCAGUACAAGUGUGCGUCAUGUUUGCUUGUCUUCAACUGCGCAACGUCUCUGCAAACGCACCAAUUAAAGAAGCAUAAGGUGACUGGUGAUUACAUAUGCUCGAUAUGUCAGACCGUAGUGACGUCUGUGGACGCGUUCACUGCACACUACAAGAGACAUAUGAAAAGAUACGAAUGUGCGAUCUGUCACAAACGGUCGACCGACAUCAAAUCCAUACAGCAGCAUCUUCACACACGACACCAGAUAACGCUCAAGAAGUACAAAUGCAAAUCGUGCGGGAAAGUUUCCAAGUCUCUAGACACACACCGCUAUCACUGCGACAUGCACAAGUCGCGCGUACAAUGCCCGCAGUGUGAUAAGACCUUUAGCCACCGCGCGGGUCUUAUGAACCACAGGCUGGCAGUCCACGAGUCCCAAAACCAGUUCCCGUGUACGCUCUGCGAUAAAGUGUUCAGAUGGAAGACCAGUCUGAAGAGACACUUAGAAAAGCACAACUCUGAGGAAACUAACACGAUAUCAACGAACAAAGCGUACUGCGAAGCUUGCGAUAUCGGGUUUUCGUCUGUUUGUUCUUUACAGCGCCACCUCCGCAACAGUCUCAAGCACGUCACCUAUGAUCAACUCAAAUUUAUCUGCGACCAUUGUAACCAGCGUUACGUGGACAAAACCAAACUACGUGACCAUAUAGAGGAGAAACAUUUAUACCGGACUUUCCAGUGUCAGAUCUGUCAUAAGCCGUCCAAGAACCGAGUGGGGUUAGAACAGCACGUUCGCACAGUACACAAGGGGCGGCCCAACAACCGGAUAUGCCACCAUUGCGGGAAAGGAUUUCCGACUAAAGUACAGUUGGAGUCGCACAUCCGCACUCACACAGGUGAAAGGCCGUUUAUGUGCGAAUAUUGCCCCGCUACAUUCUCGCAGCAAUCAAACCUGUACAAACACCAUAGACAAGUUCAUUUGAAUAUGAAGUCGAAGCGUUACCCCUUGUGUAAGAAGACCAAGAUCGACGUGAACCAAGCCACCGACCCCCAGCCGACAUUCCCUAUAGCGAUAAUGCAAUUUGUUCCUGAAAAUGGAUUUAGUUUUUAGCUUAUUUAUUAUGAAUAUUAUUUAUGUAAAAUGCAGUCGAUUAAUCAAUA